UCGAUCCGCGUGUUUGCUUAUCGACUGAGAGCUUCACGGGUUUGGACAGAUGUGUGGCACGAGGCCAUGGUCUCUAGAAAGCCGAUAUCCCUCCUUUACAAUAAAACUGACCUUCUAUCAACUCUGGGAGCACGAAACGGCAUAACAUCCCUCUAAUCCUUCGACUUCCUAUGCUGUCUGGUAGGAAGAUGUUCUCAAGACUUCUGAUCCUCCUCGCCUUGACAUGUGGCAUUCUGGUGUCAGCAGAUGAAGCCACAAACCAAGAAAGAUGCGUGGAAUCGAUAUUUGAAGCUUACAGCCGGCUUUCCUUCAACGGUUCUCAUUCCCAACCGUGGCUCGUCAACUCAUGCAAGAAUGCUCUGCGAACGCGGUCCAUCUACGCCGCAGCGAAGGUCUACUGCUCACCGUCUGAAAUCCAAGCCGGGAUCGCACAUAUCAAUGAGCCGUGCCAAGGGGAUCUUGCCCGUACGCCCUAUUCUGAGAUUGAACCCGAACUCACGGAUGAAUAUAUUCGAGGGUUGAGAGUGGUGGAAUACCAAGAGGUCUCGAAAGCUGUGGAGCUAGACAGUCCGGUUCUGAUUUCAAGGGCAUACUUUGAAGCCGCUUUUAGGACAAAUGCUGCUUGGUCUCUUGUUGCUCGUAUGCACCGCGUAUAUGGUGCUGCAACAUAUUGGUUCUGGGGUACGGUGCUCCUCUUCGGUAUAGUAAACAAUGCAUUAUACCACUUGUUUUACUCCCAAGUGGAGCCUUCGAAAUGGGACGUGGAGAGGAGCUCCAAAUCACUACAUGCUAUCCGCGAUGGCUGCAACCGUCUUUUAGGGGGAGUCUAUCACUCUGUGAGAACACACUUUGUUAUCCCUCCAGCUUUUGGUUCCCAUCAUCAGCGUCUCUUUUAUUACUGUACGAUUCCCACUCGUAUGGAAGCUGUGCCAAUUGUCGUAUAUUAUACGAUGAGCUUUCUUUUCACGAUUUUAAGUUAUGAUAUAUUUGAGGGAAAUCUCUACUGGCAAGAUCCCUGGGAACAGAUGUGGCGGUACGUGUCUGACAGGACCGGCAUCUUGUCAUAUGCGAACCUCUGCCUACUGUGGUUGUUUGGCGGGCGCAACAAUCCAUUCAUUUGGGCGACGGGUUGGAAAUUCUCAACCUUCAACCUGUUUCAUCGGACUAUUGCGCGUGUUGCGACGAUUCAGGCUAUUGUUCACUCAAUCGGAUACACGAUCCAAACUGCGAACAAACAUACAUAUUUUAUCUAUCUUCCUAUGCCAUGGUGGUACAUGGGCAUUGUGGCCACCGUAUGCAUGGGCCUCUUGCUUCUUUUCUCCUCGAUAUAUCUUCGAAAACAUUACUACGAAUUAUUUCUGAUAAUCCACAUAUCUUUCUCUUUUGUAUGCAUAGGGGCAUUAUUUGUCCACACAGCUAUAUUCAGUGGAGAAUAUGAUAUAUACCUAUGGCCGGUUGUCAUCGUGUGGUUACUCGAUCGAUUUGCUCGCAUCGUGCGUCUGGCCUACUGCAACAUCCAUGUUCGGCUUUCUCGCAAUUUCAUAAUGCGCACGAGAGGAAGAGUGUCCUACAACAAAGCCUCGGAUAUGGUCAGACUGGAGGUCGCUGCUGGAAACCCCAAGCUUGAACCCAAGCCUGGGGAACAUUACUACAUCUACCAGCCUCUGAAGUGGAGAGGCUACGAGAGCCAUCCCUUCACACUGGGAGCUUGGACAACUGAUAACAAUGAAAUGUCGGUAAUCGAGAAUUCAUCAUCACCAGUACCGCUCAGAGACUUAGAGGAACAAUCAGAGUUGGAGAUAUGUCAUGCUAAUCCAAAUUCAUGCAGUGAAACUGAGGAGUCUUCAUUGACUUUUGGCUCGGGAGAAAGCUUUCUUCCUGCUCGUCGCAAGCUCGUCUUCUGGAUCCGGCCGUUCGAUGGUUGGACCAAGCGUCUUCGAGACGAGUGCCUCCGUUCUCCGGGCUGUCGAUUAGAAUCUACAUUCCUUAUCGAAGGACCUUAUGGUCAUACAUCGCCGACCCGUCAUUAUGAGAAUGUUAUCUUUAUAGCUGGUGGAAGCGGCGUUGCAGGUGUCCUGCCCUAUAUUGAAGAGCAUAUUCUCAGCACUCCAUCACACUCUUCAGAAGCUAUUACUGAAUGCGCACCCAUAUCCUCGUCAUCGUCAGCGACACUUCUUAAUGCAGAGACAAACCUUCCAGCGGGCAACAAGACAACGAGGACCCGUAACGUAACCCUAGUAUGGACAGCCCGACAACGCGCCAUUCUUCAUGAGAUCGGAUGUCGUGAGCUUCGACCAGCACUUGGGCGCAAGGGUUUCGAUGCAAGAUUCUAUGCCACAAGGGACCCUGAACCACCAAAGACAGAUGCUUCUGCUGGGGAUGAGACGAAUAUCGUGAUGCCCACCGAGAACACCAAGCUCUUACAAGAAGACUCCAACUUGAAGAUUGUGUCGGGACGGCCCGAUAUUAGAUCUAUUAUUCUAGGCAUUGUCCGGGAAUCAGGUCCGACAGGUUUAUAUGCAGGUAAGACGGCAGUCCUCGUCUGCGGCCCCGGGGGAAUGGCCGACGAAGCGCGACUUGCUGUUCAUCAAGCAUUGAAGGAAGGGUAUUCAGGGGUUGAAUACUUUGAAGAGGCGUUUGGCUGGUAGAGCUGGUGCAGAAACAACUAUUGCAUAUAGAAUUAUAACUGUUCAUGUCUAUUGCUUGAACCUGUCGCAUUGCAUUUUGGCGCGUUUUGGAAAGAAUCGGUGGAGUUAUUGUGUUCUGAUGCGAGAUACAAGCAGCAUAAUGUCGCAUAGACAUAACAAUGAAACGAACCUCAUUUUAGACUGAUUUAGUUAUUGCGACCGCUUAAGUAAUUUCUUACCCAUAUGCUUUAUCAAAUA